AGCAAGAUUUGUUCAUUCGGUGUGUCGGUCAGUCAGUAUCGUGCAUACACACGAGCGGACCUGUGUGGUAACGGUCACGGAAAUUUUUAAAAAAUGCUGUGCCCCACCCUGUUCCUGGCGACGCUGGCUCUGGUGAGCUGCGACGUGUCCCAUCUGCUGGAGACCACCACGACGCCCGAGCCGCCACCACAUCCAUACGUGUUCUCCUACACUGCUGGGCGCUACCCUGGACAUGCUGACAGGACGCACACUGAAGUCAGUGAUGGCAGUGGUGUUGUUAAAGGCUCAUUCUCGUACGUAGACCCUCGCCAGAAGGUCCGCACGGUGGACUAUGUGGCAGACAAGCAAGGUUUCCACCCGAUCCUGAGCCAUGUGCUUCCAGAACACCCAGCAGACUCCGAGUCUGUAGCCCAGGCCAAGAACAGGCACUACCAGCUCUACGCCAAGAUCGCUGAGGAACAUGCUAACCCUCAUCCUGAAUUAAUAUCAGCACCUAUAGAGUCACAGGCUGUAGCCGAAGCUCGCGCGAAACAUGCCGAACUAUUCCGAGUGAUCGCCGAACAGCACGCGCGCAUCGCAGCAGAAAGAGAAGCACUCUUAAGAGAAGAAGAAGAGAAACAACAACUACAGGAACUAGGACAGUAGACCUUCAUCAAAUAUGGAGUAGCAGAUGGAUAAACUGAGAAGUGGAGACAACGGCUUGUAUAGCUAUACUUUUCCGAGGUAUACUGACUCUUUAUUGUAUGCUAAGUACGUAAUUCGAGUACAGUUGUACUUAGUGUAGAUUAUAGUUGUUUGACGUUGUUUGUACUUCAAAAGAAUAAUGUAAUUAUGCUAAAUAUAA